AUGAACCGUUUGUGGUGCUCGCUCUCCCAGAUGCUCCGUCGCUGCGGAGCUACAGCUGCCCCGCAGCGCCUGCUUCACUGGUGUUCUUCUGCCCCCCGCGUCACGCCGUCGACUGUGCUUCCUCGGCGGUUCCGUUGGUACCACGACCCUUGGAAGGCCACGGCGGCGACGGCCAUCGGCUUGGGCGCCGCGGCGCUGGCCGCCUGCGAGGUCGUGCCCUGCACCAACCGCUGCCACCUGGUCGUCUAUUCCCGCCAGGGGGAGCGGGACCUUGGCGAGUCCCUGUUCGCCGCCGAGUUGAAGUCCAUCCACAGGCAUAGGAUGGUCGACCCACACCAUCCGGAUAGCAUCCGCGUCCGCCUCAUCGCCGAGAGAAUCAUCCACGCCGCCAAACGCGGCCUCGGCAUCUACGACAGCCGUGACGCCCCCUUGCUCCGCGUCACCCGCAAAGGGAAGAAGCCGUGGGCGCCGCAGCCGCACACGAGGCACCUCCAUGGGCUCAACGGCAGCUGGGAGCUGGUCCUUGCCAGGCAUACUUCCGCCAAUGCCAUGUCCGCGCCCGGUGGCAAGCUUUUAGUGUUCACGGGACUGCUUGACUACUUUAAGACCGAUGGCGAGAUCGCCUUCGCUCUUGCGCAUGAGCUUUUAGUGUUCACGGGACUGCUCGACUGCUUUAAGACUGAUGGCGAGAUCGCCUUCAUUCUUGCACCUGAGGUUGGGCACCUCAUUGCAAGGCACCAAGCAGAUAUUGGAGAUAGUGUGUGGUUACCAGAUUUCCUACGACGGAUCUUUUUACAAAGGAUGGAGAUAGAGGCUGAUCGCAUUGGAAUCUUGCUACUUGCGGCUGCUGGUUUCCAUCCAAACCAUGCCCUUGCGGUCGCCAAGAAGCAAGCUACAAUUGCCGGAGGUUAUUCUGUAUGGAAACAGAUCCUAGAUACCACUCAUCCCCACCCGAAGGACAGAUUGGCGCGUUUGUCAGAGGCCAAGACCAUGGAGGAAGCGCUGGAAUUGUACAAUGAAGCUAAUGCCAUGGAUAAAGUAACUGAAAAGUAUUUUUCCGGUAACCCUAGCAUGUCCAUCUCAGAUGAAAAUGGUAUUUCAAAAUCUGAAAAGUAG